AUGAGCCCAUCAGCACCUGCGGAGCAGCAGGAAGUGGACACUUACAUGAUGAAAUACAGGCAGUGGGUGUUUCAGGAGGAGGAGGAGGGAAGGAGAGCAAGACAGGGAGGUUUAGAAGAGAGGGAGGGAGAAUUGGGGGGGGGGACAGGCAAGGGAACCGGAGCCGUUAAAGGGACGGAGAGCACCGGCAGACACGCGUGGGAACGGAACCCCGUGGAGACAGACGCACACCCAGAGAGAGAGAGAGACAGGGGGACGCAGUCUGUGUCUGUCCGGGUGUUCUGCUCAGUGUGCCCGCGCACGGUUCUCCGGAGGGCCGUGGCCGCCAUGGCGUCAGAGCCCAGCACCCAGUCCAGGGUGAUGUUCCAGGCGGCGGACAAAAGCGAGGAGCCGGCCCACCGCAAGCUGGGCAAGCUGACCGUCAAGUACAACCGCAAGGACCUGCAGAGGAGGCUGGACAUCGAGGAGUGGAUCGACGGGCAGCUGCACCUGCUGUUCGACUGCGAGGAGGAAGAAAUCCCGGAGUUAGAAAUCGACAUAGAUGAACUCCUGGAGCUGACGGAUGAGGGGCAGAGAACUCGGCUGCAGGAGUUGCUGCAGGAAUGCGGAAAGCCAAAAGAGGAAUUUAUCAAUGGGCUGCUCUACAGGAUAAAGGGUUUACGCAAAAUGUCAGGUCCCUUGAAGAAAUAAUUUUAGGUCAAGUUACAAAGCAAGACAAUGCAGAGCCUCUUGUGUUCCCAUCUCCCACGUGAUGACCAUUCGGAUGCCUGUAUGUGCAGUUCACGGGUCAGAGGAACUCUUCCAGGCCCCUCCCUCCUUCCUGGGUCAGCAUCAGUCAAACACCAAAGCAGCCUGCUUCAAAAUGGAUUCAUUUCUCCUUUAAUUUAUGGACUCUUAUAAUUAUUUGUCUCCUUUUAAUAUACAUGUUUUAAAAGUUCCCAUGACUAUUACUCAGAUGGAAUUUUUUUGAUGUAGGAGUACAUUUUUGGUUGCUUAUUUAUGUACAUAUGCAUUUUGUUCAGGUCAGUGUUGUCGUAAUAAACUG